AUGGAAGCCCCACUGCUUGCCCUGAAGGAUGUGGACCAGGUGCUGAAGCCUAUCCAGACCUCGCUUGCUAAUGGCCAAGGAGACGCGGCUCUGGCACCCACAGUGCAGACUUUAGCUGCGGUGGCCCGAAGGCGCACCGAAGCCACGUUUCGCUUCAACCCCAUCAUUCCCCUGAAUGCCGUCCACAUGGGCAAGGACGCCGCCGGGCGCGCUGCCUGGGUGGCACGGGAGUCGCUUCCACACAUGACCUCGGCUGGCAACGCCACUGGCGAGGCCUAUGCCCACCUCUUGGCGGUUUACGCCUACAUCGAGCUGGCCGACACCAGAAGAGCGUUGGACCACGCUUCCGUCAGCCAAGACUCCUUCAAGAAGCAGAAAGACAAGGCCGGUGAGGCAGCUGCACUCAGCGCGGCCGCGGGAGCAAGGUUGCGCCGUGCUUGCGCCGGCGUCUCCCCACAGCUGCAGCUAGUGGAGGAGAAAGAGGAGAAGAGCAAGCUAGUCAAAGCCCGGCAGGAAGGCGAGGCAAAAGCUGCAAUCGCUGCGGCACGCGAUGCUUGCUGCAUCUACAACGACCUGGAUGAUCGGCUGCAGGAAGCAAACUGCCUGAAUUUGGUUGGGGAGCUGCUCCUCGCGAAAGACGAUGUCGACGAGGCGAAGAACGUCGCUCGGGAGUCCCGCGACAUUUUCCAGGAUCUGGAGGAUGCUGCCGGAGAGGCACGCUCCCUGAACGUUAUCUUGAGCGCCAACAUGCUUCAUGAAGCGGACUUUGUCGAUGCUCUCUUCGCUGCGAAGGAUGUCAUUUGGCUGUUCCGGGGCAAUGAGAUCAGUCCCGAGGAGGAGGAUAAGAAGGCCAUCGCCGAUGCCCUGCAUGCCCAAGCUAAGGUGCACUUGUCUGUUGGAGAGCUCAAGGAAGCCCAGGAGGCGGCACAGGAGGCGAUCAAGUACUAUGAGCAGGCCACGAUGACCCCAAAGGAGGGAGCAUAUGGGCUGGGCGGGGCCUUGCAGACUUUGGCCCAUGCGCUGUGCCUUGAGGGCGAGCCUGACCUGGGCCGGCCCCACAACGAGCGAGCAGCAGAGCUCUUUGCUACUGCCCAGGAUGCACCAGGGGAGGCCAUGGCGCGGGCAGUGAUGGGCUACCAGGACACCAUGUCUCGGAUGAAGCAGCUAGAGGAUGCCCCUGGGGCUUUUACCGAGCAGUCGAACCAGCAAGUGACAGAUAACUGGACCGUCAUGGACGAAGCCAUGGCCAUGAUGAGGGAGAUGCGAAACCAGGAGGGUGAGGAUCAGAUCGGGUCGCUGAUCUACGAAAUGAACCAAAAAGUUGGGGAGCUGCAGAAGAAGAUGUCCACACCAACCAGAACUGUUUGGACUGUGGACCGCAUCACCCGAAAGGCAGUGCAGAAGGACGCGAAGUUUCAGAGCAAGUAA